AUGUCUGACCAAGAAUCAGGGGGGCAGACGAACCAAGAAAUUGUCGGUUCAGCCAACUCACCUACCACAAAUAACAUAAGAGAUAAUGAAAACCUCCUUUAUGAUAUCAGCGCGGUAUUUGGAGGGCCCAUUAGCAAGUCGCUAUGGCCAAGCAUCAAUUCAAGGAUCCGAGCUUUCUUGCGGCUCAACCAGAUUGAGCAAUUCAGAGACCAAUCGCACGCCAAGUAUAUCGAUUCGUGCAAAACUCAACAAGAAAAGAUGAACUGCCUGCUCCUCAAUCUCCAGAUUCACCGCGGCGAGAUGAUACAAGUUGCUCUGAUGGGAACCAAAAGAUUCUCCAGCCAGCUUAAGGAAAUCAUCGACAGCCACACUAAGCUCUACGAGGAGAUGCUGGAGCAUGUUGAAGAAGUGGUUGAAGAUGCGAUCAAACAUGGUGAUGUUUACAUGCGCCAGUUGAAGAAGGAGUUCAAGCGGAUAGAGAAAGAGGUGAACCGACAGAAGGUUAAAAGCGAAGUUGUUAGACGCAAAGUCGGUAAAUGCGGGUCAUUAUUUUUGCGACAGUGGCUGCAAUUUCCCUGGACCAAGAAACCGUUCGUCAAGGACACUCUAAUAAUAAAUCCUGAUACCAAUGAUGGCUUCUUUUUCAGGAUUGGCUUAGAGCGCCUCGCAAAUAUCGCCGCCUUGGAAAAGAAUAAGGAACUGAUGCAAAAGCAACACGUUCUCAUCUGCUUGGCCCACGAUGCCAUGGUAUGGGACCCAGAGAACGUCUUUCUUCAUGAAGGAAAAGUUCAGGGACGGCUCUGGACCCAUGGACUUAAAGAAGAGCAUUUUCGGAAGCUGGACGGUGAUGAGUGGUCUGUCCAAAUGAAAUGGACGGCGGCAGAAGGAAGCAUGUGGAGGCCAAAGACUGUCCAUGUUAAUGGAAAAUUUGGUCGUCGCCAUGGAGAACAGGUUGAAUGGGUCCCAAUCGAACCGGGUCGCUCUGACGUCGACUUUGACGUUGAAAUUCAUGCUUUUGACGACUUCUAUGAUGAGGAAGAAUGGGGUGAGCGAGGAUCUCGAUGCGAUACCGAUACCUGGUAUCGCAGCAACAGAACCUGGUUUGAACGGAUAUUCUAUCGGAAUGGCCCUCCGGAUGAUGAUAAUUGA